AUGGAGACCAGGGAGGACAAAUCCCGAAGGCAGAACCUCAUGGAAGAGGUCAUUUUGGGUGGCUUCAUGGCAGAGGAAUCCAAUGGGCAGGAAAAGCCCCAGAGAUCCUGCAUGAGGAGGGGUUCCAAACCCAUCCCAGCUCGCUCGGAGAAUGGAAGACGCAGCCUGUGCCAGGAAGAUGGACAGAGCCUCAGCCAGAGCUCCCAGCUGAUCCAGCACCAGAUGAUCCAAACUGGGGAUCAGCCCUACAAGUGUGGGGAAUGUGGGAAGGGCUUCAAGCACAACUCCACCCUUAGGAUCCACACUGGGGAAAGGCCCUACGAGUGUAGGGAAUGUGGAAUGAGCUUCAGCCACAGCUCCAUCCUGAUCCGCCACCAGAGGAUCCACACCAGGGAACGGCCCUACCAGUGUGAGCAAUGUGGGAAGAGCUUCAACCAGAGCUCCCACUUGAUCCACCACCAGAAUAUCCAUGCUGAGGAUAGGCCAUACAAGUGUGGGGAAUGUGGGAAGGGCUUCAACCAGAGGUCCAAACUGGUCAUCCACCAAAAGAUCCACACUGGGGAGAGGCCCUACGAGUGCGGGGAAUGCGGGAAGAUGUUCAGCCAGAGGUCCCAGCUGAUCUGCCACCAGAGGAUCCACACCGGGGAAAGGCCCUAUAAGUGUGGGGAAUGUGGGAAGGGCUUCAACCAGAGGUCCAAACUGAUCCGCCACCAGAGGAUCCACACCAGGGAACAGCCCUACCAGUGUGAGCAAUGUGGGAUGAGCUUCAGCCAGACCUUCUACCUGAUCUGCCACCAAAGGAUCCACACUGGGGAGAGGCCCUACCAGU